AUGCCGCUCUUUGGGAAUGUUGUUGUAAUUAAACGCAACGGGACUGAUGGAAUUAGUUUUCCACUCACUGCAAGUUCUUGUUUAUUUGGAAGGAGAACAGAAUGUGAUAUUCGCAUCCAGUUGCCUCAGGUCUCCAAAGAACAUUGUAAAAUUGAAGUGAAUGAAAACAAGGAGGCAAUAUUGACUAAUUUAAGUACAGCGAAUCCCACACAGCUGAAUGGUAGCUGUUUUCAGCAACCCGUGCCUCUGAAACAUGGAGAUGUCUUGACUAUCAUUGAUCGUUCUUUCAGAUACCUAAUGGUCUACGAUGUUACUAAUACAGCGGGUGGUUGUGAGCGCAUCAGGAUUCCCAGGAUUCGGGUGACAGGUUCCCCAACGCUGUCCUACGAUACUACAGCCUUUGCUUUGUCGUUCCAUCAGCUUUAA